UUGUGUGGGUUUGUUUUGAAACGAUAUAAAACUGCUUAAUCGUAAAAUCUAGCGUUCAUUACGAACGACGAUGGUCGUGUAGGUUCAGUAUUGUGCUUUGCGCUACCCGACGCGAUUGUUACGUUUAUUUUGUUUUGACAGUCACAGCUUGUCUUGCAAAAAUGGCGGGUCGUCAUUUCCGUAAGAAAUAUUUUGAAUUUAACAAACCAGAAGAUGUCGAGGCGUUAAUGAACAUUAUAAAUGAUGAUUCAGAACUAGAAGGCUUUAGUGAUGACUCAGAUUCUGAUCUGACGUGGUGUAAGGAGCUAAAUAGCCUUCCCAAAAGCAUCGGAGACAGUAAUUCCUCGGAUUCUGACCAAGAAGAAGAUACUCGUGAGAAUUCCCUAAUUCAAAACAAAAACCCGCCUUUUCAAAAUGACACUGAGGUUCCUGGUCCUUCCGGUAUAAGUGCAGCUCCCGUGUUAGAUCAACCACAAACAACUGAAGACCUUAGUCAGCCUUAACUAGAGCCAGAUUUUGCAGAAGAUCGGGUUGUAAAAGCAGAACCCGUGUUCGAUGUCUUAAGUGCAAUGUUUAUCUAUGUCUCACCAAAGACCAGAACUGUUUUUUGAAAUUCCAUACAAAAUAAUAAUGUGUUGUAAUGUAUUAGAUUUUUAUACCAUUUGCUUAAAAUAAAACCCAGCCUACACAAUUGUGUGGGUAUGUUAUUUCUAGACACCCUGUAUAAAGAAUUAUUUUAUUAUUUUUCCUGUAUUACUUUACACAUAAGAACAUAGAGUACAAAGUUUCGAAAUAUUUGUUGAACAUUUUUUGUUGCCGUGCUGAAAGGGAUAUGAUUUCUUAAAAAUAAAUAUACUUUAAACAG